CACGAUAUUUAUCGUGUCAGGUGGCAAGAUCUCAAGGGCUGAAGAAUCCGAAUCGAAUCAAAUUCACCCCUAAAAGAAAAAUAAAAAGCAUUCAUCUUUUUCACUCCUGUAUCAAUCAGCUGGAAGUUUUCGGAGUUUGAAGCUGAUUCGGAAGCCAUGAGCUCGGUUUUGCAGGGUUUUACCAAGUCACUGGCGAUGACUUUUGUAUCGGAGAUUGGCGACAAGACGUUUUUCGCUGCUGCUAUAUUGGCGAUGCGUUAUCCGAGGAGACUUGUGUUGGCUGGUUGUGUGUCCGCUCUUAUCGUCAUGACUAUCCUCUCUGCUACUGUUGGAUGGGCUGCUCCAAAUUUGAUCUCUCGCAAAUGGACCCAUCACAUAACAACAUUGUUGUUCUUUGGGUUCGGGCUUUGGUCUUUGUCCGACGGUUUUAAACAAGGAGGAGGGGAAUCAGAAGAAUUGGCUGAAGUCGAAGCAGAACUGGAUUCUGAUUUGAAGGCUAAUGGUAAAGCUACAAAAGAUAACAACAACAGUAAGAUUGAAGAUGAAAACAAAAAGCAGAACAGGCCGUUCCUCACACAAUUCUUCUCUCCAAUCUUUCUCAAGGCAUUUUCGAUUAAUUUCUUUGGUGAAUUUGGUGACAAGAGUCAGCUUGCUACAAUUGGUUUAGCCGCAGAUGAAAAUCCGUUUGGGGUGGUCCUUGGCGGAAUUGUCGCACAGCUAUUGUGCACCACUGCUGCUGUGAUUGGAGGAAAGAGCUUAGCUUCUCAAAUAUCCGAACGAAUAGUUGCUCUUUCUGGUGGAAUGCUUUUCAUUAUUUUUGGCAUCCAAUCGUUUCUCACUUCUGUUGAGUGAGGCCUAGUUUUGUUUGUUUGCAAGUAGUGCAGAUGAUGAUGAUGAUAAAGGAGCAUCAGUACGCGAUAGUUUCUUAGAUGAUUUAAUACUUGAUAUUAGAUGUUUUACACAAGUUACUUGCAGAAAACAAAUCUUAUCUACAGUUAAAAGAAAUACAUUUAAACAGGCUUAAACAGCCAUAUGACUUCAAUAAAGUUGGCGUUCCCUUU